AUGGCCCGUCUAACCACCACCACCACGACCGGAACCCACUGGCUCCCAGCCCUCACCACUCUUCUUCUCCUUGUCGCAACCUCCUCAACAUCUGCCCUCCCCAACAACGCUUCCCCUUCCUCCUCGUCAGUUGCUGCUACCUCUUCCACUGCUGUUGUUGCAUCUUCAUCCUCCCCACCAACCGUAAUCCUCCCCCCCUCUCCCUCCACCCCCGAAGACCCAUCCACCAUCUUCAUCGGCCGCUCCCUCCCCGAAUUCUCCCAGGACCUCUUCCUCGGCAUCAAGUACGCCGACCAGCCCACGCGCUUCACCCCGGCCACCCUCAAGACCCGCUACCGCGCCAGUGACAGCGACAGCGAGGCGUCCACCUCCCCCGAAGACACCUCGGACGAUGACGAUGACGAUGACGAUGACGAUGGGCAGACAGUCCACUACAACGCAACCCAAUACGGCAACGACUGCCCCGGCUACGGCAGCGACGAGACCACCCUCGUGGACGCCGGGUACACGCGCCUGAGCGAGGACUGCAUGAAUCUGAAUGUGAUUCGACCUGCCGCUGUCACCGGGACGGAGGAGUUGCUCCCCGUCAUGGUGUGGAUCUUUGGGGGUGGGUGGAUUCAGGGCGCGACGAGUGAUCCGAGGUAUAACAUGAGUUACAUCCUGCUUCAAGGCGCACUCAACGACAAACCGGUGAUUGGCGUGUCGAUCAACUAUCGGGUCGCUGCGUUUGGGUUUUUGGAUUCGAAGGAGGUUAUGGAAUCUGGAAAUACGAAUCUGGGGCUGCGGGAUCAACGCGUGGCCUUGCGGUGGGUGAAAGAGAAUAUUCGGGCUUUUGGGGGCGAUCCGGACAGAAUCACGAUCUGGGGGGAGUCUGCAGGGGCUUAUAGUGUUGGGGCGCAUCUGGUGACGAAUGAUGGGGAUAAUGAGGGGCUGUUCAGGGCUGCGAUUAUGGAAUCGGGCAAUGCAGUCGGUCCCCCCUGGAACGGCACGGACUGGUAUCAACCCAUGUAUGACCAGAUUGUGAAUAAGACAAACUGCACCACCGCCUCCGACACCCUGCAGUGUCUCCGCGAGGUCCCCUUCGAGACCUUCUAUCCCCUCGCCUACAACGGGCUCGAAUGGUUCGGCACCAUCGACGGCACCUUCAUCAAGGAGAAGCCCCAGAUCAGCAUCACCGAAGGCCGCUUCGCCAAGGUGCCCAUCCUGCACGGGACCAACACGGACGAGGGCACGAGCUUCGGCACCACGGGGACGAACACGGACGAGGAGUGUAUCGAGCAGUUGAUCGCCUCCAAACGCUGGGUCCUCGACCGCGACCAAGCGACGCAUCUACUCGGCCUCUACCCGAAUAUCUCGGCCCUGGGCUGCCCCUACGGCUGGGGUAACGUCACCUGGCCGUCCCGCGGGUACGAGUACAAGCGGUACGAGUCGAUGGCGGGCGAUCUGUGCAUGGUCGCGCCGCGGCGGCUGCUGGGCACGCAGAUGGCGCGGUACGAGACGGAGGUGUAUGCGUACCGGUGGGAUGUGGCGGCGUUGAACGAGACGAGCGUGAUUGGCGUGCAGCAUUUUGCGGAGAUCCCCUUCGUCUUCGCCAACCCGAACCAAACCAUCACCCCUCUGGGCUCCGACCCCGCGCGUCUGGCCCUGGGCAAUCUGGCCGCGAGGAUGUGGACGGCGUUUGUGACGGAUUUGAAUCCGAACGGGCAUGGCGUCGACGGGAUCCCCCAGUGGCCGCGCUAUACGCCGUCGGACGGGCCGUCCAACUUCGUCUUCCGGUUGCCGCGGACGGAGAGUUAUGUCGAGGCGGAUACGUAUCGGGCGGAGGGGAUCGAGUAUAUCAACUCGAUUGCACGGUAGUUUUGUUCGUGGUGCGUAAGUGAGCUGGACUGGGUG